AUGGAUCAAAGUGAGAAGGUGCAGGGUACUCUUCGAAAUAAUGGUCAGAUGGAAGAUUUCAAGAGGGUAAUUCAUGCGUGGUUGAAAUUCACUUGGAGUAACAAGUGGGAGUCGGGGAUUUUUGUCAAAGAACGUUUGGAUCGGGCCUUGGUAAAUCCUGCAUGGUGUGGAAUAUACCCGAAUGCCUCAGUUGAAGUGCUUCCUGUGACAACCUUGAAUCACAAGUCUUUGUGGCUUCGCUUUAAUCCCAAUUUUCGAAGGGCCCCUAAACUUUUCAGGUUUGAAGCAUGGUGGAAUGUUGUUGAGGAUUGUGGAACGGUGAUAAACCAAGCUUGGAACAGUACUUUGGACGGCAGUAAUUCAAUGGAGGAGGCUAAAUUGAAGCUGUCUCAUUGUUAG